AAGAAUCGGUGACCGGAAGUUAUCUGGUUGACCGGAAGCGAGGCCUGAGGGAAAGUGCGGAUGCCCGGAGGGAGGAGCUUUCCACCUAGGGGGGCGGAGGGGACGCUCGGAGCGCCCGGUGUCCUGCGCGUCUCCGCUUUGAGGCUGAGCGGAGGACGCCGAGCGACCGACCGGUGGGCUUCAGAGAGCCCGAGUCCGGCUGAGCUCCGGCGGGACCUGGUGCCUCACGAUCCCGAGAGCCGAACGGGAGGGAUUCCUGUCACCGGGGCUCCCGAGGAGUAGCCAGGGUGCAGCCCGUAGGUCAGGCUUGGGGCGCUGCGCGAGGAGCUGGGUUUGUAGCUGACUUCCACUGUGCUGUCUGCCGGGUAGAGUUACGCUCCGCGCCUUUGUACAGGAGCCGGCGCCUGUUGGGGCAAGGAAGGAGCCGGGAUGGCCUGGGCUCUGAAGCUGCCGCUAGCCGACGAAGUGAUCGAGUCGGGGCUUGUGCAGGACUUUGAUGCUAGCCUGUCCGGCAUUGGCCAGGAACUGGGUGCUGGUGCUUAUAGUAUGAGGGAUAAGGUGGAGGGUGUUUUCACCGGAACAGGGAUCCAACGUGGGAUCUGGGCCACCAUGGCGCGGGUGUCCUUUGUUGCAUCCCAACAUGGAGAAAUCCAACAAGAAUCAUUGGAACAGACUUCAAAUGAUUCAUUUGAAAGGAUAAACAAGAAAAGGGGGUAAACACAGACUGGGUGAUGUCCUCGCAUUGCCCAUUUUUAAGCAAGAAGAGUCAAGUUUGCCUCCCGAUAAUGAGAACGAGAUUCUGCCUUUUCAGUAUGUGCUCUGUGCUGCCACGUCUCCAGCGGUGAAGCUCCACGACGAGACCCUGACGUACCUCAAUCAAGGACAGUCUUAUGAAAUCCGAAUGCUAGACAAUAGAAAACUGGGAGAGCUUCCAGAACUCAACGGCAAGCUGGUGAAGAGCAUAUUCCGCGUAGUGUUCCACGACAGGCGACUGCAGUACACUGAGCACCAGCAGCUGGAGGGCUGGAGGUGGAACCGACCGGGAGACAGGAUUCUCGACAUAGGUGCACUGCAUCAGCACUGAGUUCACCAUGAGGAAGCAUGGCGGGGAGAAGGGGGUGCCGUUCCGAGUGCAGAUCGAUACCUUCAAGGAGAACGGGAACGGAGAGUACACAGAGCACUUGCACUCGGCCAGCUGCCAGAUCAAAGUCUUCAAGCCUAAGGGUGCAGACAGAAAACAAAAAAUAGAUAGAGAGAAAAUGGAGAAACGGACGCCCCAUGAAAAAGAGAAAUAUCAACCUUCUUAUGAGACAACCAUACUCACCGAGUGUUCUCCGUGGCCUGAGAUCACCUACGUCAACAAUUCCCCAUCCCCUGGCUUCAACAGCUCCCAUAGCAGUUUCUCUCUUGGGGAAGGAAACGGCUCGCCCAACCACCAGCCAGAACCACCCCCUCCAGUCACGGAUAACCUCUUGCCGACAACCACGCCUCAGGAAGCCCAGCAAUGGCUGCAUCGAAACCGGUUCUCCACAUUCACGAGGCUUUUCACCAACUUCUCAGGGGCAGAUUUACUGAAACUAACUAGAGACGACGUGAUCCAAAUCUGCGGCCCUGCAGAUGGAAUCAGACUCUUUAAUGCAUUAAAAGGCCGGAUGGUGCGGCCAAGGCUAACCAUUUAUGUCUGCCAGGAGUCGUUGCAGUUGAGGGAGCAGCAGCCGCAGCCGCAGCCGCAGCCGCAGAAGCAGGAGGAUGGGGAUUCAAACGGUACUUUCUUCGUGUACCAUGCUAUCUAUCUCGAGGAGCUGACAGCUGUCGAACUCACAGAAAAAAUUGCUCAGCUUUUCAGCAUUUCUCCUCACCAGAUCAGCCAGAUUUACAAGCAAGGGCCGACAGGGAUCCAUGUGGUCAUCAGCGAUGAGAUGGUACAGAACUUCCAGGAAGAAGCCUGCUUUAUUCUGGACACGAUGGAAGAAACCAGUGACAGCUAUCAUGUCAUUCUCAAGUAGGGUGAGGCCCCGACCUUCGACGGCUGCUGCUGCCUUCCCCUCUUCACCUUCUGAAGGGGACAUGACUGGAGAUUAAAGGGCUUCAGGAACCUGGCACAUCUGAAUGUUGGGGGGAGGGGGGAGGCGUGUCCAGUGCAGGGCGAGCAGGUCCCAAGGAGGAAUCCCAGAGUCCUGUAUUGGCUCCUCUGAUCACUGGCUAUACAUGGAGCCAGCAGUUUCCUUACUUUCUGGCCCCUGUUGAUACCAGUAAGAAGCCCCGUCAUUAGGGUUUGUAGAGGGCAGAGUGGUAAUGGGAGUCAUGUGAUGUUUUCUAGGAAGAUGUUUAGUUUUGUGAUAUAGAGCUCUGACAUUUUACUGAUAUAAAAGUGAACAUCUGUCUUCAUAAAACCAAGCUCUCUCUCUUGCCUCAAGCCUGUUGGCAGCUCUGCUCUGCUCUGUUCACAACUGUGAGGAGGAGAAACAGAAUCUCUCCUUCCCUUUUUUGAGACAGGGUUUCAUGUUCUUGCCUCUACCUCCCAAGAGCUGGGAUCACAAGCUUUUGCCACCUGGUCUGUUUCUGUCUGCAGUGCUGGGCUUGAACUCGGAGCCUCACGUGCUAGGCAGGCACUUUCUCCAGCUGAGCUCCAGCAGGCCUUCCCUUUAGUGCUAAGACAGGCUCCAGAUUUCUAAUUUGGUUCACCUGCAAUACCACAGCUGAGUGUGAUUUUGGCUAAUGUGUAUUGGGGUAGACCGAAUGAUAAAUCCCACGGACGGAUAAUCUUCUUUUAUCCCCUUAAUAAACCCAAAACAUCUGGGGACACAGUGACUUGAGGGUGAGGAGACGCAGAUGAAGUGGAGGGGCUUCUGACAACACCAGAUGCCACCCUUUGCUGCCAGUGCUCACCACUGGGUCUUUCUGGGGCUCUGCUGGAAACUGACGGACUUCCCACUGAAGGAGGCAACCAUACCUUACCACUGUAGCGAUAAUGAAGCCCCAGACAGACAGACACCCAAUGUCACACUAACCUCAGCCCAGAGCUAGAGGUGAGAGAGACAAGCGUGUCUGACCCCAGGCUUCGUUGUUCGUGAAUGAUAUUCUCAAAACUGUUUAAGUAAAUGAGCUAUUCCGCCCUGCUCUCCCCUCCCCUGUCUUGUUUUGGCAUAGUGUGGUGUUUUUUUUUUUUUUUUUGUUCUUUUUUUAAAAUGUAAGCUUUAUUAAAAAAAGAAAAAUACAUUCUUUUCCUAUUCAAACUCACACUGUGUUUAUGUUCUGCCUUUCAAAUGGCUGUGUGUCUGUGUGCAUGUACAGAAUUGUAAAGCACUUAGGCCCUCCUUUUUCACAUGAAGUUUGUUUUAGCUUGGUUUUCCAAGAAAACGUUUCUCUGUGGAGCCCCGGCUGUCCUGGAACUCACUCUGUAGACCAGGCUGGCCUCAAACUCAGAAAUCCACCUUCCAAGUGCUGGGAAUAUAGGUGUGUGCCACUAGCUUAGUCAGGCCACAUGUAAAGUUUUACCAGAAAUUCCCUUAAAUUUUGUUGAGAUGAACAAAGAUAAUGUUAAAGAUUCUGUAUUAAAUUUGAAUUUAUGUGUGUUUUUGAAGUAUUUAAUAAAGCUUAGAUUUUUUUAUAGAGA